AUGUGUAAUGAGCAAAAAAGUGUCCAUGUGUGUCAGUUGACAGGUACCUAGUAACAAAAGGAAAAGCCUUGGGGAUGAAGUUGGGAAAAAAAGAGUUUUACAGGCAUUGUCAGUUGUUGACUGGUACACAACUGAUACCAAUACUUGGCAAAUGGCUCAACGAUACAUUGCCAAUGCAGAACCAAUGCUCUCAUGACUAACUGUCGGCAGUCCUGUUGACUGAUAGUAAAACGCCACUCAGCCAAUAUAUCGACUGACUCUCAACCGACUCUUGACUGACACUUGACAGAUAUAGCGACCAAUAAUUAUGUCAAUAAAGACGUCAGUUGACACCCCCUAUAAGACACAUGAUCUGAAAAAUUUAGGGUAAAUUGAUCACCAUUCAUUAAACAAAUAAAUGUAGAGGUAGAAUCAAAUUACUACACUAGUCUUAUACAUGUAUGCAUCACAUAUAUGGGUACAGACUCUGGAGGUCCAUUGCCAGAAAAAAGCCUCAGUGAUGUGGAUACUGAAAAGAAGCCACCAGUAACACCACCCGCUACCCCUCUGGAAUUGUGUUGCAUGAGUGGAUGUCAAAACUGUGUCAUGAUACAACAUGCUGAAGAGCUCUUAAAACUUUAUAAUGAUGACAGAGCUGCUAGAGCUGCCAUUGAGGAAAUUCCAGAUGAAAAUUUGAAGGCAUUUCUCAGAAUAGAACUGAACCUCAAGUGA